UGAUGACAUGAAAGGGAGUUGGAGCUCCAAGUAUAAAACUCCAGCAGGCGCACAAACCCACGCAGCGCGCGGACUGAAGGACUGCAUCACUGCUGCUCUUCUGCCGAGAAUCCAUCCUUCAUCACCAUACUCAUCAUCCAGCAUGAGUGAGAGACAAGAAUCCGGGUCAGCUGGAAAUAUCAAACCCUCAGGUGGACAAGAUCCGUCCAAGAAGGACGUCCCAGCUGAGGACAUUGACAUCGACAUGGGUGCCCCAGAGACGGAGAAGGCUGCCGUUGCCAUCCAAUCACAGUUCAGAAAAUUCCAGAAGAAGAAGCAGGCGGUGAAAUCAUAAUCAUGCCCCUGCAGGGCGUCCCUGGCCCCACGCGGGCCAAGGGCACCAAUAGGACAGGGAGUUGCAUGUCAGAUAAACUGCACUGUUCUUUGGUGGAGGGGUCAUGGGUUGAUUGGGGGUGAGGGUGGGGGCAGAUGAAAAGUGAAAAGGCAAUUUACCUUUUGCUAUCAUCUGUCAGGAAUACAAUUUGAUAUUUUGGUUUCCCCCAGUACAUAGAUUUUUUUCAAUACAGUACUUUCCUUUUAAAAUACUUUUGUUAUUUUUUGAUAAAAUAUGAACAGGCUGGUCUUAUUAACAUCAAGGUGUUUGAAUAUAUAUCCAUCUUAAAGUGUAAAUCAUUUCCUCUGUUUAAGACCAGAAACCAGGGGGAUUUAUUGACAAAUGAUCAAGAAUGUUGCUCAAGGUAAACAUCCUGUAUGGCAUCUGAAUCUAAGAUCAUUAAGAUUCACACAGACUUAUUUUAAUAUUUUACCUGACUGAUAUUGUGUUUGUGGUUUAUCAUUAUCAUCUUACCCAAGUCAAUGUUUUUUUUUUUUUUGUCAUCAAGUUGUGUAUUGUAAUAUUCCCGUCACCAAACAGUUGGAAAUAAUCAAUGUGAACUCAAUAAAUAUUGGUAUGACCUCAA